GCCAUGAGGAAGCGGGUUGGAGCGAGAGUGACUGCGUGGGUAUGAGGGGGUGAGAGGAAUACAAACCGCUUCGCCAUCCCUGCUGCAGCUUAUGUACUAUCAAUGAGCCAUGGAGGAAGCAUGCACCGAACCUGCCAAAGCUAUUAAACCCAUUGAUCGAAAGUCUGUUCAUCAAAUUUGUUCUGGACAAGUGGUACUGAGUCUAGCAACUGCGGUAAAGGAGCUGCUGGAGAACAGCAUCGAUGCAGGGGCCACAAGCAUUGACAUAAAACUUAAGGAGUAUGGCGCUGAACUGAUUGAAGUUUCCGAUAAUGGGUCUGGAGUAAAUGAACAGAAUUUUGAAGGCUUAACACUGAAGCAUCACACAUCCAAGUUAAGUGAUUUUUCGGACCUUCUUAGUGUGGAAACAUUUGGUUUUCGAGGAGAAGCUUUAAGUUCUUUGUGUGCGUUAAGCGAUCUCUCUAUUUGCACCUGCCACAAAACGGCUCAUGUAGGAACUCGUUUGGUUUUUGAUCAAAAUGGGAAGAUUGUCCAGAAAUCUCCAUUUCCACGGCAACAAGGAACAACAGUUACCGUACAACAACUGUUUUACACCCUGCCUGUCCGGCACAAGGAAUUUCAGAGGAACAUUAAAAAGGAAUUUGGCAAAAUGGUUCAGGUGUUGCAGGCAUACUGUAUAAUCUCAACUGGAGUUCGCAUCAACUGCACCAAUCAAAUUGGGCAAGGAAAAAGAAACCUGGUGAUGUGUUCCAGCGGCAGCAUCGGCAGUAUAAAGGAGAACAUAGGAGCUGUGUUUGGGCAGAAGCAGUUGCAGAGUCUGAUGCCGUUUGUCCAACUGCCUCCUAGUGAAACGGUCUGCGAGGACUAUGGACUGACUUAUACAGACACUCUAGACAGUUUUUAUAACAUUUCAGGAUUUAUAUCUAGUUGUGACCAUGGAGUGGGAAGGAGCUCUACGGACAGACAGUUUUUUUUCAUUAAUCAACGGCCGUGUGAUCCUGCAAAGGUUUCCAAGGUUGUGAAUGAGGUGUACCAUACUUACAAUCGGCAUCAGUACCCAUUUGUGGUGCUUAGCAUCUGCGUGAAUUCAGACUGCAUUGAUAUCAACGUCACGCCAGACAAGAGGCAGAUUUUGCUACAAGAGGAGAAGCUGUUACUGGCGAUUCUAAAGACGUCCUUGGUGGCGAUGUUCAGCAGUAAAGUGAAUAAAUUGGGCAUGAAUCAGACCCUACACCUUGCCACAGGUAACUUCAUUAAAUUAAGUACACAAGGUUCGGAGUCCUCCACCUCGGGACAAUCAAUGACAUUUGAUAAAAAAUCUCUUGCUGUGUCUAAGUUGAGAGAGGCUUUCUCCCUGCAUCAAAAGACUCAAACCAGCUCCCAGACAACAAAACCUGACAAAGGACAAAGCUCAUCGCCUUCCCAAAAGAAACUGCAGGCAUUCUUUAGUAAUUCCUGCAAGGAUCAAAGGGUUGUAUCCAAAAACAUUCUCAGCACGAGUGAGAAUAAGAGAGAAUCGGGGACUCCAGAUUGCUCUGAAAAUGAAUUUCCAUUGGAAAGUGAUUGUGAUUCUGGGAGAGGAACCAUUUCCGCUCCAGACUGUGGGCCGGACCGCAAUACCCCGGAGUUCCUCGGUCACCACAGCAGUGAAAGUUUAUCCAGCUCCCAGGAGUCCUUAGUGAAUUGUGAUAAUGGACACAGCGAAGUGUGUUCACCAGCAGCUAGCGGUCAACUUCAAAACUUUAAAUCUGAACCAGGGUUAGAAGAGCCAAACGAGGCAUCGGAGAUAUUAGAGCAGCGGGAUUACGACUCUGCUCCAGAUUCUAAACGCGCAAAAACAAGGGUGGAUUCAAAUCAUUAUCGCGAAUUACCGUCACGGGUAGAUACGGUGGACGCUCCGGUAAAUAUUGCUAAGAGGACUGCGCCGCUGCGUUUCUCAAUGGGUCAGCUCACUAAGAGAAUAGAAAAGCUUAAAAGCCAGCAGAAACUGAAAGAGGAGUCUGAGAGAUACCGCAGGUUCAGGGCGAAGAUCAGCCCCGGGGAAAAUCAAGCCGCGGAAGCUGAAUUAAGUAAAGAGAUAAGUAAGGAGAUGUUUGCAAAAAUGGAGAUCAUUGGACAGUUCAAUUUGGGAUUUAUAAUAACAAAGCUAGACACCGACCUUUUCAUAAUUGACCAACAUGCGACAGACGAAAAAUACAACUUUGAGAUGCUGCAGCAGAAUACGGUUUUACAAGGACAGAGGCUCAUAGCGCCCCAGAAAUUAAGCUUAACAGCUGCAAAUGAGACAGUGCUGAUCGAUAACAUCGAAAUAUUCAAGAAGAAUGGAUUUGAUUUUAUUUUUGAUGAAAACGCGCCUGUCAUGGAACGCGUCAAGUUAGUGUCUCUGCCUACAAGCAAGAACUGGACCUUUGGGCAGCAGGACAUAGAGGAACUGAUCUUCAUGUUGAGCGACUGUCCUGGGGUGAUGUGUAGGCCGUCCAGAGUGCAGCAGAUGUUUGCCUCUAGAGCCUGCAGGAAGUCUGUAAUGAUUGGAACAGCGUUAAACAUAAAUGAAAUGAAGAAACUUGUGGCCCACAUGGGAGAGAUAGAACAUCCUUGGAAUUGCCCCCACGGACGCCCCACCAUGAGGCACAUUGCCAGCCUAGACAUGAUUUCCCAGGACUGAUCGCAAGCUCCGGAUAUUUUCUGCGGCUUUUGUUAUGUCCGAGGGGCUGGAGGGGCUCUCGCUAUCUCGCCGUCUCGGAUAUCGCGCUGUAUUUUAAGUCUUCCCUAAAGUUCAUAGUUUUUACACUAGCGUUCGUUUUAAUCCAGAUUAAUGCAAUUUGGGAGACAUACGUUUAAAGUGCUGCUUUUCUGCUGUUUUAUAAAAUGUUUAUAUGCGUUAAAUGUUUUUAUUGUAAGUUCAGAAUUCUUAUAAUAAAAGUGUUAUGUUUUUAUAUA